GCUCUCCUUAUCCUUCAUCCAACAUGGUUGCAGUUGAAGUUCUGCAAUGUUUGUUACUUAAAUGCGAAACAGAUUCUCUCUCAGUGCAAAAAUGGCACAAGCAGUACCUCUGAGUUCAUUGGUGGCAAAUUUUUUCCCAGGGACUAUCUAGUUGUUCCCUGUGCCCAAUGACACAAGUUGCCUCUAAAAAGUUAUUUUUCUAUCGACAAAUUUUGUAAUUUAAACAUGCUGAUAUCUUAUGAGAUAUUUCAAAAUACCAUCAGCCGUAUUGCCCCUAAAAAGUUAUUUUCUAUUGAUAAUUUUGGUAAUUUGGAGAUGCUGAUAUAUCAUGAGAUUUUUUCCAAAUGUCAUGAGUUGCAUAAAGGUUAACCUUUUCAUAUACUCCUUCCACCUUCCAUCUGAAUCCCAUCAUCGUUCUUCCUCUUAUUUUUUAUCUUUACCAAAACAUCACGCCUCAAAGGUAGAUCCACCCUCUCCCAGCUCUUGUUCUUGUGUUAAGAUUAUCAUGUUUCCUGAUCCAUAAAUUGAAGCUUAAUCUUCCGAGAGACUUGUUGACUUUGGUCAUUUUCAUGCUGUCUUUGCUGAUUUUUGUUAUUGUGAUAUGCUGAAAUCUUUCAGUUUGUUGAGAUUUUUUAUUGUGAUAUUCUAUCUUAAAUUGCACCAAGUCUUCCCUCUUUUUUUUCUCAUCCUAUUAUUGAAUUCUCCGCAUACCUGAGCAUGUUUGCAGCCAUUUCCUUUUAGUUGCCUACUUUAUAAAUCAGCUACGAUACCGUUACACCCAUCGAUGUUUGUCAAGAAAUUCUUUUGUAGAUAUAUUCAUCUGUCAGGAGUAAAGAUCAAGGUCAGAUGCUACAACCACCUGAGGGCUCACUCACCUAUCUUGAGUAGGAGAUACUUCACCGCUGCAUUUUUCAAAUGGAGAUUCUAUCUUAUAUACCAUAUAUCAUUGUUGCAUCAAGGACGAUGACAGCCCUGGAGGCAAUUCCAUUAUAUCAUCAUAAUUGGAAUGCGAAGAGGAAUGCCCUAAAACAUGUUGCGCUAAGACGCCAAGAUAGGAGAGCAGCUUUAUGAAGGGCUGGUAUCUUCUGCAACCCAAAUAACAGUACUGUAAAUCUUUGAGCCUCUAGUCUCUGUUUACCAAUCAUUGUUAGUAUCUGAACUUUCAGUUUCCUACCGGUAUCACAAUGGUGAUCAUAAACCGGAGCGGUGAGUCAUACCUUGGGAGUUCUACCUGAGAAAUGUUUGAGAACAAUUAAACUACUGCACUGGAACACUUCAGCGGCAUUCCCGCAAGUCAACUUACAGCUUCUCAGGAAAAUCAAAACGGAAACAACAUAACAUAGCCUGAUCAUUGCACAACCAAAGGGAGGCGGGAAAGGAAGAGAAGAAAUAACAGUCAAACCUUCUUUAAAAUAAUUACAUGAGGACCCCAGCCACAUUAUCAAGUGCUUUUUUCACAAUGCUGAAUUUGCCAGCAAUGGAUUUUUCUGAGCUUGGAGCAACAUACUGCUCGAUGAAGAUGGAGUUAAACUGCUCCAUGAACCUCGCAAGAUUUGUUGCAGAGAUGCUGUCCAGCUUCUCACUCUCCCUUGCUAUUUUGAAGACUGUAGAUCUGGCAAACCCUGCACAGCUGACACCUAGAAGGAUCUUGCAUUUCCGAAUGCUCUUGGAGGCUGUUUUUGGGAACACUGAUGCCCUUUUGUGGAACAUCUUCACUCGAAUAGCUGCGCUUCCUGAGCUUGAAAUGCUCAGGAACUUUAGUUUAUGCUGCGAGCUAUGGUUGAGGGGGAGUUGGCGGCGACGAAGGCUGCGUUUGUGGUUGAUUGGAGGAAAAAUAAUAGAUGAAGAGGAGGAGAACGGUGCUGUUGCAGCUGCGAUGGGAGAGGAAAUCGAUGAGAAGGGCAACUGCAGGCAACGAUCGGAGAAGGAGAGGAAGAGGAUUAGCCUAAACUUAGAUCGAAGAAGAAGAGGAAGAGGAAGAGGAUUAGCCUAGACUUAGGGUCUGAUUGUCUAAUGUUCAACAGCACUUGAUGGGUCCAUGUUGAGUUCAAGUAGGAUGUAAAUUUUUUGGAGCCUGAUCAAGAUUUUAUUUCAAGUAAAUUUUAAAGAUUCAAUUGCA